CGGCAGCCGGUGAGACAGACAGGCGGACCCGUGGAAGGAGCCCAGCAGACACCAGGAGGAACCAGGAGGCCGCAGUCAGCAGUCAGCAGAGACACGUCCGCGGAGCUGUCUGAAGACCAGGACCAGGACCUCGACGCACCGACCGGACCGACGUACACCUGCAGCUUGAUGGCGGGCAGCAGCAGCAGCAGCAGCAGCAGCAGCAUGGCGUCCAUCCCAGAAUACUACGCCGGCAAGAACGUGCUGAUCACCGGCGCCACGGGCUUCAUGGGCAAAGUGCUGGUGGAGAAGCUGCUCAGGUCCUGCCCCGAGGUCAAAGCCCUCUACCUGCUGGUCAGACCCAAGGCCGGGCAGUCCAUGGGGCAGAGGGUCAGCGACAUGAUGGCAUGCAAGCUUUUCGACAGAGUGCGUGAGGACGACCCCGACUUCCACCAGAAGGUCAUCCCCAUCAGCAGCGAGCUGACGCAGCCGGGCCUCGCCAUCGGCCCCGAGGACGUGGAGCGGCUCUCCGCCUGCGUCAACGUGGUCUUCCACUGCGCCGCCACCAUCCGCUUCGACGAGCCGCUGAAACACGCCCUGCAGCUGAACGUGAUCGCCACGCAGCAGCUCCUGCGCCUGGCCAAGCAGAUGCGCCACCUCGAGGCCUUCGUGCACAUCUCCACCGCCUACGCCAACUGCAACCGCAAGCACAUCGACGAGGUCAUCUACCCGCCGCCCGUCGAGCCCCGGAAGCUCAUCGAGUCUGUGGAGUGGAUGGACGACGGCAUCGUGCGGGACAUCACGCCGCGGCUCAUCGGCGACCGGCCCAACACGUACACCUACACCAAAGCCCUGGCCGAGUACCUGGUGCAGCAGGAGCAGGACCGGCUCAACAUCGCCAUCAUCAGACCCUCCAUAGUGGGAGCCAGCUGGCAGGAGCCUUUCCCAGGUUGGAUCGACAACUUCAACGGUCCCAGCGGAGUCUUCAUCGCCGCCGGGAAGGGGAUCCUGCGCACCAUGCGAGCCAACAACGACGCGGUGGCCGACCUGAUCCCCGUGGACGUGGUCAUCAACCUCACGCUGGCGGCUGGCUGGUACACCGCCGAGCGCAGGCCCAAAACGGCUCUGGUGUACAACUGCACGUCCGGCGGCAUCAACCCGUUCCACUGGGGAGAGAUCGAGCACCACGUAAUGUCGUCCUUCAAGAGGAACCCGCUGGAGCAAGCGUUCCGCAGGCCCAACGCCAACAUCACCUCCAACUACCUGAUCAACCAGUACUGGAUCCUGGUCAGCCACAAGUUCCCCGCCCUCAUCUACGACCUCGUGCUGCGGCUCUCCGGACAGAAGCCCCAGAUGAUGCGCAUCUUCAAUCGUCUGCACAAGGCCAUCGGCCUGCUGGAGUACUUCAGCCGGCAGGACUGGGAGUGGAACUCUGAGAACAUGAGCAUGCUGCUGGGCCAGCUGACCCCCGAGGACCGGAAGACAUUUAACUUUGACGUGCGCCAGUUGAACUGGCCCGAGUACAUCGACAACUAUUGCAUCGGCACCAAGAAGUACGUCCUGAAUGAAGACAUGUCCGACAUCCCCGCCGCCAGGCAGCAUCUGAGGAAACUGAGGAACAUCCGCUACACCUUCAACACCCUGCUGGUCGUCUUCAUCUGGAGGGUCUUCAUCGCUCGCUCCCAGAUGGCCAGAAACAUCUGGUACUUUGUGGUCAGCCUCUGUUUCAAGUUCCUCUCGUACUUCCGGGCAUCCAGCACCAUAACCAACUGAUUCCUCAUACCGGAGACAGCAGCCCCCCCACCCGCCUUGUCCUCCACAUCUGAGACUCUGGCUGUCCACAACGGAUGCUCUAAAUCCUCCAUCUGCGGAUAAGCUGAGGGGGGGGGGGGGGGGCUACAGCUGUGUGAAGCACUCGGAGGAAAGAGGCUGACGUCCAGCAGCCAUGAAUUAUUUGUUUUUGAAACGGUCGUUGCUUGGUCAGUCCCCUUAAAGCCCGUCCAGAUGGUUCAUCUUGACCUUCUCCUCACCUCCGUACCGACCUUAUGAGGCCUCUUCAGUUCAUCGUUUGACCUCCUGAACAUUGCCUCGUGAGGAUAGUGUUUUUUUUUUUUUUUCCCAUACUUGAAAUACGGCCGUGCUUCACUGGAGGCUGGUUUACUUUUCUACUGUGUGGGGGGGGGGGGGGGCUCUCCAACCUCCCACUUGACUACAGGCGAUCUGGUGGAUUCAAUCAGUCUUGCGUUACGUCACGUGUGUCUACUGCCUUUUUUUAAGAUUACACCCCCCCCCCAAAAAAAAUAGUCUGUUAUUGGUCUUCAGGCCAAUCCACAGAUUGCUGGUUUCAACUCAUUUCUGACCCCCCCCCCACCAGAAAACUGAAAACGUUGAGAUCUGCCGCCUUUCCUGCUGCCAAAGUGGUCACUUAUUUAAUGACCCGAACCACUGACCUGCUCAUCCAGUCUCUGCCUGUUUGUACUGAGACCGUUUACUUCUUUUUCAUAUUUAUAGUUGGAUCAAUGGCCAGUCGGAUAAGUGUGGUGGACCUUAGCAGUGUAUUAUAUUUAAAUAAGCCCCCCCCCCCCCCCCC